CGCCGCCACUGACACCGCUGUUCGUCGUAGUCGUCGUCGUCGUCGUCCGCCGCGGCCGACGUGUCUGCCGCUCGUCCACUGAAGUCGACGCCGCCGUCGAGUCGUCUUGCCAGCCGGUCCCAUCGUAAUCUCCGACUACAGGUUUUUCGGGUUCUUUUGAAGUUUUUUUUUUCAUCGUCUUUUCUCCCCCCCCCCUUACUCCUUUCUUCCAUCCCCUUUUCACGUCGUCGUUCCACUUCUAGCCCGCGUGUAAAUGUUAUAAUACAUACACGUCGCGUGUCGCGAGUACGCGUUCAGUGUGAUAAUAACACGCGUGGAACCCACCUACAUACCAUCGCCGUCGUUUACCUUCGUUUCUCUCGCGUUACCACCACGGUGUCACCGCGGUACACCGCGCAACAAAUACGCCGGUGCCGGUAAUGGGUGGCCGUCCGCGUCGUCGCCGCCGUCGACCACACGACGGACAGCGUUAACGACCAUCGCUAUCACGACCACUGUCGUCGCCGUCGUCGCCGUACGCUGAGAGACGCCACAAGAGCCGCAGGCCGCGGUAGCGAUGCCGGCGAUGAUUCUGUGCAACUGGUGGCCGUGUCGCCGGCGGUCCGUCCAACGGUCCGUUCGCCCCGAGCCAGUCGUCCCACCGCGAAGUUGUUGUCGCCGCGUACCAGCGUGAUUGUCGUCGUCGUCGGUUCUUGCCACGCGCGCACCGUCCACACGCGCGAUGACGUCUUCCUUGGCAAAGUUCGUCGCCGUGCUGUUCCUGUUGGCGGCCGUGGAGAUAAAAGAAAGCGUUCAAGGUAAAUUCGAGAGGCAACUCUUGGAUGACCUCCUAACAGAUUACAACCCUCUGGAGAGACCUGUAUCCAACGAAUCCGAUCCACUCGAAGUUACAUUUGGCAUCACGCUACAGCAGAUAAUAGACGUGGAUGAAAAAAAUCAAAUCGUCAUAACAAAUGCUUGGUUAAACAUGGAAUGGGUGGAUUACAAUAUGAGGUGGAACAUUUCCGAAUAUGGUGGUGUCAAGGAUCUCAGGCUCAAUCCAAACCGACUGUGGAAACCAGACAUACUCAUGUAUAACAGUGCCGACGAAAAAUUUGAUGGUACUUAUCAAACCAAUGUGGUAGUGAGGCACAAUGGUACAUGCCUGUACGUGCCACCUGGUAUUUUCAAAAGUACGUGUAAGAUCGACAUCACAUGGUUCCCAUUUGAUGACCAAAAUUGCCUUAUGAAGUUUGGUAGUUGGACAUACAACGGUUUUCAGAUUGAUUUAGUGCUCAAAUCAGAUGGCGGCGAUCUAUCGGACUUUACAACGAACGGUGAAUGGUAUUUGCUAGGUAUGCCUGGAAAAAAGAACGUGAUAAACUACGCCUGUUGCCCAGAACCGUACGUGGACAUCACGUUUACCAUAAAGAUUAGACGAAGGACGUUGUAUUAUUUCUUCAACCUGAUCGUGCCGUGCGUGCUCAUCUCGUCGAUGGCUCUCCUGGGCUUUACGCUGCCUCCGGACUGCGGCGAAAAGCUCACACUAGAAAUAACUAUACUACUGUCACUAACAGUAUUUCUGAAUCUGGUCGCCGAGUCAAUGCCAACCACGUCCGAAGCGGUUCCCCUUAUAGGUACAUACUUCAAUUGCAUCAUGUUUAUGGUGGCUUCGUCGGUAGUUCUCACAUUGGUGGUGCUCAACUAUCAUCACCGAACAGCUGACAUUCAUACAAUGGGACCAUGGGUUAAGUGCUUUUUCUUGCUAUGGUUGCCGUGGAUCUUGUGUAUGCAAAGGCCAGGCAAAGACAUAUCGUUCAAAGCCAUCAGAAGUAGAUAUACAGAUCGGAGAGGCAUCGAACUCAGGGAGCGAUCGUCAAGAAGUUUAUUAGCCAACGUUCUUGAUAUCGAUGAUGAUUUUCGAGCGAGCGUCCUAUCACACCGCGUGUACAACAACGGUGCUGCCAGUUCGUCGUCGCCGGCGUCCGAGUCGAGAAGCGUCUGCAACUACUCUGCCAGAGAAUUGCAACUCAUAUUGCAAGAGGUGCGGUACAUCACUGACCACAUGCGAAAGCAACAGGACGACCAGGAAGUGAUCAACGACUGGAAAUACGCAGCGAUGGUAGUGGACAGGUUCUGUUUGAUAGUGUUCACUUUUUUCACAUUAGUCGCCACUGUUGCCGUAAUGUAUUCAGCGCCUCACAUAAUUGUUGAGUGACUCAGACAUUGUGUUCACUUCUUGGAUGUCGAUAUGGCAGUCAUGAUUUUGUUAAAUAUUUAUUUCAGAGAGUAUGAGUUGUUUUGAAAUAUAAUAUUAAAAGUUUUUUUUGUAAUACCAUAAAAAAAUCGACGAAGAGCUUAGUAAAAAAAAAUUCUAUGAUACACAACGCAUUUACAGGGUGUUAAAAAGAUCACGGGCCAAGAAUAAGUCCUUCUAAAUAAUUAAAUUACAAUGUUUUAAUUUUAAUCAUCCAAAAUACACCCUGUUUUUAUAAUAUUAUUUAGAUUGUUUUCUUUUUGCGUACUCUAAUAUUAUAAACGGAAUAGUUGAAAAAUGAUUUAUUUAUCUUAUUAUUAUUACUAUUAUAUUGUAAUAAUGAUUAUAACAAUUUUAUCAAAAUGGUUAUUAUACUUUUCGUUAUUAUUUGGUACUGUAAAAAUGAUCACUACUGCCCAUAAUAAAUAUUAAGUUAUACAACUUAAAUAUAAUUUGACAUUAUGAUUAUUUUGAAUAUCUACAGUAAUUAUUAUUUAUUAAAAAUAAUAAUUGUCGUUCAUAAAUCAUAACAUUAAACAUCAUGCGAGGUUUUAAAUAUUACGAGAUACCUAUGUUAUAUUAGGUCCUUCAACAAAUUUAUUUGCCAAGAAAAACUUUUCUAUACAUUUUUUAAGUUUCUAUUAUGAAUUAUUUUUAACACUCGCAAUUCUAACAUUUAAAAAUCCGUAAUGUUAUAUUAUUUUUAGAAAAUUGUUUGAUACUAAUGAGUAAUGGUUGAUGGAUAUUGACAGACGAUACACGAUCUCGGGUAAUUUUAAAAUACCUAACAAGUUAUAAUAUAAUAUAUUAAGCUAAACAUUAGUUUUAUUUUAGACAUUUGGUAGGUUUAAAAAUUAUCCUGUGUCUAUAUAUAGCAUAAUAUGCCUAUUUUAUUAUAUUAUAACCUUCCUAGCUAUAAUACCUAAAUCCAAAGUAGAGUAACUUACGAUGUAUUAAUUAUAUGAAUUUGUCUUCCCGGCACUAUUUUCUCUACAGUAUAGAUAAUAUCAGAAACAUUGUAUUGUUUUUCAUUGAUCCGAUGAAUAUUAUUAUUAAUUAUUUAAAAAUGAGUGUUUAGGUAAGUUUUUUUAAUUUUAAAACAGCAAAAUACUAAAGUAUCUUAAAAUAUAGAUUAGAUAAUAAUAAAUGUAAGAAAUAGGAUCCUAUUAUUUUGUAUACUGAAAUACAGUCAUCAGAUACUGUGAGAAACAUGGAAAAUAAAUAAUAACUAUCCGUUGUAAUUGGAAAAAAAUUAAAACAUUUUGAUAAUUAUUAAAGGAAAAUUUCACCAAGCUCUGAUAAGCAAUGUUAGGGGCCAUUAUAAAAGAUCGAAAAUCGGAAUAUUAUAAAAUAUUAAACCCAAAUAUUAAUAUUACAUUAUGUUAGGUACAUCGGUUUAAGGAUUUUUUGUGGAUACGCAUGAAUGUAAAGAAAAAAAUUUAAUGUCGACAUCUAAUUAUCAAAAUUGUUUCAUCAGAAGCCACUACGUUUUAGUAUUUGGUUGAUAAGGAUGGUGAAUUUUAUUUGUUCAAUGCAUAAUAUUAAAAUAACAUAUUAUUAAGAAUAAUGUUUUAUGGGAAAGUAAAAUCUUGUUGUUUUCAUUGUUUAGAAAAUACUUCCAAACUUUGAUUAAUAUAGAAAAAUUAAUUUUAACUUUUAAGGUUAUUUAAUUUUUAUAAUAAUAGUUUUUUUUUUAUGUAGGUACUAUAAUUUUAUUAUGAAUAAUAAAAUAUAAAUAAUCAAUAAUAUUGUUUACCUAUCAGCUAUAUUGUUUACGAGCUUGUUUUAAAUAUUAUAUAUAUUUUAUCGUUACCACAAUCAUUUAAGUUUAUAUAAUUUGUUAAGAAUUUUAGCCCUACCAGAUCUCAGAUCUUGUAUUCAUUGAUUUUAUUUUUCAUUAAUGAAUAUGAGAAUGUAUAAUUUACUUUAAAUGUAUUUCUGUAUUAUAGGCAUUGAUAUGGCCACAUUUAAUAGUAUCGUUAAUUGUUGAAUACUGAGUUUUAAAAGUAAAGAUAAACGUUAUAAAACGUGUAGUCAUUUUAUUGAAUUGAGAUUUACUGGAUAAAAAUGUGUUCAUAUUUUUUUUUAUAUAUAUAUGUCAUUCGUCACCAAGUGUUUUACUAUUAAAUUUGUACUACCUAGGCAUUUAUAAUUACUUUUUAAUAGAAUUCAAAAACUAAUAAAACCACUUACUAUAAAAUAAUUUACAUAGAACUUAUCAGUUGUGAUUAAUUAAACUGUUAGAUAAAAUGUUUCAUUCGAUUUGUGUUUACACUGUGAUACACUUUGAGUUAAAUUAAAACAAUAAUAAUAUAUAUUAUAGAUAUACCUAUAUGUCAUUAACUGUACUAAUUUGAUUAAGAAGUAUAACAGGAUAUUUUUUUUUACCGAAUACUCGAUCACAUUUUAGUUAAUAUAAGCGCCGUUAAAUAAAAAACAUUAACUGCAAAAAUAUCAUAGUAAAAAUAUUGUUAUUUUUGAUUUUAUUUUUUUUUUGUUUCUAUUAUAUUCUCAUUGGAUAUACUUACUUUGUUUUCUUAUAUACCUCGUAGGUACUAAUCAACUUAAAUUAUAUUAAAAUAUUAGUUAUUAUAAAUUAAAAACAUCGAAAGGUUGUAUUCCCUAUCAUUACAUAUUUCCGAUUUAGAGGUAGGUAAUAGGCAAAAGCAAUUAUUGGUAUAAGAAAUAAGAACAAUGUGGUUUUUUUAUCAAUACAUUCGCUUUUCGGGCGUAGUAAAUACUCUCCAAAAUACUCAUGUUGCAUUUUUAUAAAUUAUGAAUUAGCCACAAAAUAAAAUUUCAAGAAUUUUUUUUUAAUUUAAGUUUAAAAUAUAAAAAUAACGCUUUGCUAGUUUCAAAUUUGUUUUUCAUUUGGGAAUCAUUUUGAUAAUUCAGCAAUAAUUGCUCAAAAUAUUUGUAAUCCUUAUGGUGACUUUCUCAAAAAGCUAAGAACAUUCGUUGUAUACAUUUUUUUACAAAUUAAUUUUAAAUCCUUUUAAAUAUAGAAAUGUAUUGACAAAUCAACCGUCAAUUAUUAUUUAUUAUUUAAACAAUAAAAAACAGUUAUGAUUAUAAAAUUUUUUCCCAAACUAUCGUUGAACAAAAGUUAAAACAAAUCGAUGAUAAUUUAUUAUUUUCAAUUAUUCUUUUAUCAAAUAAAUUAUCACCAAUUUUAUUAUAAUCAAAUCAUAUUAAAAAUUUACAUAUAAUCACAUGUAAUAACAUAUUGAAACAUAAAUUAGAAUAACAUUUAAUUAAGUGAUUUUACCUGGGGUUUGGAUUUUUUUCUCUCUAAACUAUGCAAGUUAUAUUUAUGAAACUAAAAAUAUAUUGAAAAUAACUAGCGACGGGAAUAUUAUUAUUAAUAUUAGUACCUACCCAUCAAUGACAUUUAAGUUCAACAAGUAAUGAGUUAUAACAAUUAAUAACGUAUUUUUCAACUAUAUUGAAAUGCGCGUCUUUGCAAAAACACCAAGUAAAACUGUACUCCUAAUUUUCUUUAUCAAAACAAUGCAAUAAAAAUAAAUAUUAUUAUUUUUAAACUUAAUACAUUUUUUUUUAAUUUUUGUAAAAUAUAGAAAAAUAAAAAUAUUAUUACUUUAUUAUAGACUGUCUACUAAAUCUAUAAUAUUUACUGUCGCAUAAUAUUUGAAUCGUAAUCCAUAUAAUAUUAUAUCCAUUAACCAUUUUAAAUCUGUCAUCGUUCGUCACAAAGGAGUACAAAAUAACCCGAUUGACCACCAGUUAUAUAUAUUAAAACAUGAAUUAGUACAAACACUUGAAUAUAUUUUUAAAAUAUACCUAUCCAAAAACAAAGUCCUUUAAAAACACCAUUUAGAAUAAUACAAUAAUAUAUAAUAUCUAAAAAAUUGUGUAAAUGUUCCAUGCUUAACGGAAAAAAUUUCGGCUCUAAGUAAUAUGUGUAUCUAAGUGAAUGAUGUGAAUAUUCAUAAAUAAAAUUUAUUUAAUAAAAAUCAAUUGUAUGUAGGUAACUAUAUUUUAAGUAUAUGUGCAAAAAGUAUUUUUAGUGUCUGACAAAUGUACUUACUGAUAGUGAUUUUCGUAAAAUAGUUUUACAUUAAAAUAGGUUAAGGAAAUAACGAGUCCUUAAAAAUAUGACUUAGAAUUUAAUAAAAAAAUAUUAAUGAUAUUAAAUUAUUGAUUGAUUAGAUUGUGACUUCAAUAAUUGUAGGUUAAAAUUUAUAAACUAAGUGAUUUAUUAUGUUAGAAAACCUAGCGAAUUGGUUUGAGAUAACUUUUCUUUGUUUAAAUUUGUUGCUCAUAAAACAUGGAAAACAUAACACCGUAUUAGGUGUGUAAAAUAAAAACAAAAUAUUUAAUAACAACUGUGUACAAAGAAUAAUUAAGAAGUAAAUCGUUAAACAUGUUUUUAUAUAUAUUUAAAAAAAAUGAUGUGUAUAAAUAAAAAAAAGAUAAUUUUAAACAAUAAUAUUUGUAUAUCUAAAGCCUCAAAAAGAGAGGUUGUUAUUUCUUGAGUAUGUUUUUUUAUUAAUAUUGUAUGUACUAAAAUAAUAAUAUUGUAUACUAUUAUUAUGUAACAUGACUAUAACCAGUUAAAAUACAUUAUGACAUG